GUUUAAAACACAGUUGUGAGAGUGCUGAGCCAACGCAGCAGCCUCGGUCAUAAGCACCUGCAAACAGCGAAAAAAAAAAACACAUAAAAGACGAAUUCUACCCCUCACACCAUCAUUUCAAAAGGUACAAAGCGAAAAAGCAAAAGCCAAAGAAAAACACCACGAAACCCCAACUCAAUUAGGGCCGGAAAAAAUAAAUUAAAAAAAAAAGGUUAGCCGCACAAUAGAGAAGAAAUCUGAAAGGAAUUUGAGUUUUCUGUGCGAGAAAAAGGGGAAAAAAAUGAUGCAGACUCAGAGGACUCUUGAAAACCAGCAAUCCAUGAUGCAGUCAGGCCAGAUUUCGGGGAGCUUGAGCUUCAACGGGACGCUGACGAAGGAGGACGAGGAGAUGUCGAAGUCUGCGCUGUCGACGUUCAGGGCGAAGGAGGAGGAGAUCGAGAAGAAGAAGAUGGAGGUCAAGGAGAAGGUCCAGGCUCAGCUGGGUCGGAUUGAGGAGGAGACUAAGCGAUUGGCUACUAUUCGAGAGGAAUUAGAAGCACUUGCAGACCCGAUGAAGAAAGAAGUAUCUGCUGUACGUAAGAAAAUCGAUGCAGUUAACAAGGAUUUGAAGCCACUCGGGCAGACUUGCCAGAAGAAGGAACGAGAGUACAAAGAAGCACUUGAAGCUUUCAAUGAAAAGAACAAAGAAAAGGUUCAACUGAUUACUAGAUUGAUGGAGCUGGUGAGCGAAAGCGAGAGGUUGAGGCUGAAGAAACUCGAAGAGCUGAGCAAGAACAUAGAGACGAUACAGCUUAAAUAAAUGUUGUUUGACAUAUUCUGAUUUCGAUGGUGUGAUGUAUUUAAGAUAAAAGUCAUUUCUAUUUAUAUAUUUGGUGUUUUCUCUUUUCUUUUUUCGGGUUUGGUUGUAUUUGAUGGUUAUGGUGUUUGCUUUGCUGCUGAAUUAGCUGUUGAUUAAAGGAUUUCUAAUUUUAGGAAAAGGAAUGUUUUCUCCUUAAAAACAGGCUUGUAACUAAAACAGGUCCCAAACUAUUGUAUUCUUCUAAGUUCUUUUCUUUCA